GUCAAGUCAUCUCUUUUUAAGUUGAAGAACUGAGAGGAAGCGCCUCAUAUCAUCCUUCACACGGCUGCUGGCUACAUGAGAACUUUUCUCGACAAGUUUCUCUGGAAAGUGCAGAGUUUUUGACUUUGUCGGCUUCUUUUCAGUUUAAUCCUCGUGUAAAUCUGAGUUUGUGCUCGUCCCGGUUUGUCAGCUGUAGUUUUCGGCGAUGUCCGGAGAGCUGAGGCCCCGACUGUGUGUGCUGGAGAAGGGCAGCGAUGGUUAUGGCUUCCACCUGCACGGGGAGAAGAACAAAGCGGGUCAGUUCAUCCGCCUGGUGGAACCCGACUCCCCGGCCGAGCUGUCUGGUCUGAGGGCCGGGGAUAAACUGGCCUUCGUUAACGGUGAGAGUGUGGAAGGUGAGAGCCACCAACAGGUCGUGUCCCGGAUACGAGCCGUAACGGGCCAGCUGGAGCUGAUCGUCGUGGACCCCGAGACUGCUGAGUAUCUCAAAAAACACAACCUGAAGUGCAGGAAGGAGUUCGUCAGUGACGGAGUGCCACCGAUACCGGGAACCGAACCGGACACCGUCGCACAGGAGAGGAACGGCACCGACACUGCCACUGAGUCCAGCCCUGUCCCUGAUCCUGAUCCUGACCCGGUCCCUGUCCCUCUCCCUGCCUCUAACGGAGACCUGGGCCUCGAUACACUCAGCCUGAGCUCCAAGGAAUCGAAGAAUGAGCUUCGUCCCCGUCUCUGCCACAUGAAGAAGGGAGCCACAGGUUAUGGCUUCAACCUGCACAGUGAUAAGUCCAAAUCAGGCCAAUAUAUCAGGGCGGUGGAUGAGGACUCCCCAGCCGAGAAAUCUGGACUUCGACCCCAAGAUAAAGUAGUGCAGGUGAACGGCAUGCCUGUUCACGGCUUUCAGCACUCCGAGGUGGUGGCUGCCAUCAAGGCAGGAGGGGAUGAGCUGCGGCUGCUGGUGGUGGAUCCAGAAACGGACGCUUUCUUCAUCAGCUGCCAGGUUCUUCCCACUGAGGAACACCUCACAGGCCCUCUUCCUGAACCUGCUGCCAGCAGAGAUGAUGAUGAUGAUGAAAAGGUGAAGGAGGAAACAGUUGAGGAAGCCAAACCGGCGUCACCGAGUCCCACCCCAUCCAGCGCUUCCUCCACUGCAUCAAUCCCUGCUGAGACGGCCAGCAGUCCCCCCUCACAGGAGAAGGCAGUGGAGAAGACGAGUGCAAACGCAGCCUCAUCGCUGGAUCUGAACAUUUCCCUGCAGCAGGCGAAAGAGCGCGCGCACCAGAAACGCUCCAACAAGAGAGCGCCACCUAUGGACUGGAGCAAGAGGAGCGAGGUGUUCAGCAAUCUGUAAAGCAGCAGCUUUCUCCACCACUAUCACUUCUUUUUGUUUCCUUUAUUUAUAAAGUUCACACUUCUGGCUCGCUCAUGAGGCCAGAGCCUUUGAUUUAUAUAGACAACUGUUAAGCAGAAGGGAUGCAUGAAAAAGCAACUUUUCCUGAAUUAAUAAGGUGUGAAAUCACAUUUUAGAAUUAAUUGCUGGAUAUUUUUUUUUUUUUUUUUUGGUUCCCUAAUUUCUGUUAGUCUCAUCCAUCCAUCCAUCCCAACACACACACCCCUCAAAUGUACAUUUAAAGCCAGUGUUAUUUUGUCACUUGUGGUUUUAUUGAACGUUGCAGAGAUUUUAUUGAACUGAUAAUCAGGUUUGUGAUUUGAUAUUACUUUAUGUACAGUGUAGAUGUAAUUAAUGCACACUUCCUUUCCUGUCCACGCUGUUCAUAAAGGUGUUUAUUAGCACCACUGUUUAUUAUACUGUACAUGCAUUGAAAUAAUGUUCAGAAAAAUCUUAACCCCUAAUAUUACUGUUAAGAAUAGCAGUUUUUAAAGCUGUGUGGUGUGAAAGCUUCCUCUCUGUGAUCUAGUCAGAAAGGAUUUUUUUUUUUUUUUUUAAGUUAGAGCUGUAAAUCAAAUUCUAUAGGGAAAUCCCUGGAACUGAGCUAUACCCUCUGACUAACAUGGAACAUGUGGUUAAUUUUCUGACUGAAGGAAGAAAAGCACUUUUUUUAAAUCAUAAGAUUUAUGUAAAUUAGUUUUAAUGAUCUAAUAAUCACAUUCAUACUCUAUCAUGCAUAGUAAUAGAGCACAUUGUACUUCUGAUGAAAGAGCUUAGCGUUGGGUUUUUUGUUUGUUUAAAGCAGUGUCAUUGUUUUAAUUUUUUUAUUAUGGUUGCAAGUUACGUUCGGUUUAGAAUUGUUAGUUUGAUUUAGAGAAAUGAAAGGACUUUUAUGAACAUUCCUCAGAAAAAAAACCACUGUCUUUAGCAGCUUUAGCUGAAGGUUCAGGCUCUGCUUGACUGGAUAAAUACAUAAAUAAAAUAAAAGAAAUGCAA